AUGGCUGCGGUAACUUACACUCUUCCCUUUGCUCCUGGCGGAUUCAUCGAAUACCUCCUCGCCCGCCCGGAUGUAGCGGUUGCAUGGAAGAAGCACACUGAGCAUGUCUUCCUGGAGCGCCUGGCGGAUGGUACGCUACCCAUCGAAGCCUUCAAAUAUUACCUCAUCCAGGACUACCUCUACCUCAUUCAAUUUGCCAGAGCCAACUCUCUUGCAGGCUUCAAAACGAAGAACUUGGAAGAAAUCGUCCGUUCAGCAGAAAUUGUCCUGCACAUCAACCGCGAGAUGAGCCUUCAUCUUGGAUACUGUGCUGAGUUUGGGCUAUCAAAAGAAGACGUGCUGAAAGUUGAGGAGAGCCAGGCGUGUACAGCAUAUACUAGAUUCGUCCUUGAUACUGGUUCCAGUGACGACUGGCUUGCGCUGCAGGUAGCACUGGCUCCUUGCCUGAUUGGAUAUGGGGUUAUCGCAAAGAGACUGUACUCAGAUCCGAAGACACUACGCGAAGGAAAUCGGUAUUGGAAAUGGAUUGAAAACUAUGCUGCUGAGGAUUACGAUGAGGCUGUUAGGUUGGGCAUUGCAUUGUUGGACGAGCAUGCACAGAAGGUUUCCCCUUCACGCAUUGAAGAAUUAGUAAAAAUCUUUAUUCACGCGACAAAGAUGGAGGCAGGGUUCUGGGACAUGGGAUAUGCCAGGAUCUAA